GCUACCUCCAAAGCAACGAGCAACAUGGAGUCCUUCAGCUACCUGAUGUAUGCCAUUGGAGCCGGAGCGCAGGUUACCGACUUUAUGUCAGUCCUUCCCGUAGAGGUUUCGUGCAUCAUCUUAAGGAAGCUAGAUAGGGAAUCUUUGUUGGACGCGGCCUUGGUGAAUAGGAGGUGGUUUGCCGUGUGCAAGGGUGACCCCACUCUGCGAAGGAGGAUUCGAAGAUACCUGCGAGAGGAGAGGAAGAAGAUGGGUCUCUCGGCGGUGCCAAAGAGGAGCGUAGCUCAAGUUCCUUCCAGAAGGUUAGAUACUGAGUUCGUAACGAAGAAGGUGGUCCGGGUGGUGAAACCUGUGGCUAGUUUCUUACCAUCCGUGAACCCUACCGGACCCGUUGUUAGGCCCGUUAAAAGAACCCAUUCCUCCAAGAUCUCUUCCGAACCCCCUAGAAAAGUUCUUAGGCUAAUGCGUUAGAAUAAUCUAGACUAAGGUAGCAUAAGUUGGGCAGUGCUGGCCAGCAUUUAGAAUAGGUCGACGAGAAGCUAAAGCUUCGGAUAAAUAUAAGGUUAAGUUGUAAAUUUAAGUCUGACUGUUCCUGCGCAGGAAAUACUGUAAUAUUCUAAUAUUUAAGGCAUAGCAUUAAGAUCGACUGUUUUCCGAUGAAAACUUCUUUUCAAUAGGUUAAUUAAUCUUAGUUGGACUGUUUUCAAUUUUUUGAAAACUGGUUUCGGGCAAGUUAUUCUUGAACUCGUUUUCAUAUUCCUUUUAUCCUGAGCAAGGAACCCUUUCCCUCUCCAAGACGAACACACCUCUUGGGAAUGGAAAGGCCCUUUGCACCUUCUUAUGCAAGUCGUAAGACUGGAAUUGUUAAGUGAAACGACCUUUUGGUUCCUUUCACUCAAUAGUUCCACAUUAUCCUUCCACUUCUGCGACGUUCCGACUUCGCAGGAGUGGAAGGAAUUUUUACGUUCGGUCUCCAUGACGAUUGAAUUUUUCCAGCAAACGUCACAAUUUUUUUUUAAUCAUACUUUAACAACGCGGACCAUCGGAGGAAUUCGCAGUGACGUCUUUCUCUAUUGUUUCGCUUAUCUUUCAGGUGAGUCAUGCGAUGCACUCGUUUUCCUCUUCCUGGUGAUCGUUAUUCCCAAAGGACAUGACGUCAGACCUGAGAAUGUGAGAGGGAAACUUGACAUUAGAAAGGAGAGAGUAGGGUGCGGGAGCGGCGUCGCUGGAGGGAGAUGAGGAGAUGGCCGUAGCACGACAUACCAAGAAGAAAGAAAGACAGGGAUACUUAGUAGGAGAAGCCACUCCAGCGCAGCCGUGGAACGAGGAAACAUACCACUGGAGCGAACCAGCCUCUAGGUGUACACGCUUCCUGGGACGUAAACGACGUGCUGCAAAAACGGAGCAGGUUACAUUCUCCAGAAGGAGACGGAGGGGGGAAUUUUUCGACGGCUGGAACACGUGUACAGAAAUCCACUUACCAAUUUAGAUCGAAAUCCAUGCCAGCACGUCGGGUCCGGAGGUCGGCCUCGUCAGGAUGUCGACCGGAUUCGAGGAAUAAUAAUCGUGACGUAACUCGGCUGCAAAGGUUCGCCCCAAUCGAUGAUUCAAGGAAAGCCCCGAGUUCUACGAGAACCUUGAGAAGGGGCAUCGAUUACCUUCUCUCGCCUCACGUGUAAACCACGUCAGGAGAAACAGCUGGAAGCCUCCAUACCGAUACGGUAUAUGUUAAUAAAGUCCUUGAUUACUCGUU